UUUCAGUUCACAGCGAGUUCGGUCGAGGUGAAGUUUCUAUCAAAACCUGUUAAUAAUAAAUACAGAAAUAGUCACUGUUGCAUUAUUCAAACUUAAAAAAAAUCAAUUAGAUCAAAUAAUUUGCCAUAAUUAUGAAUUAUAAAAAUAAAUUCUGCUCGUGUUAAAUGUUGAUGUUGAAUUAAAAAAAAUAGCGGUUUUUAUUGGUAUUUUGAGAGGAUCAUCAACAUGUAAGAUGGAAGAUGGUCAAUAUUUGAUACCACCUCAAAAAUCACAUCGUGAUAGUUGCAAGAGAUUAGGCGUUUGUUGAAGGGGGAAUUAUACGGAUGUACAUUUGCUCAUCGCACUUGUUUUAUUGACCCUUGAUCUAGGUGUCGUUCGCAUAUAGGAAAUAGCAUACAGCGUGACCUCACUCAUCAUAGUCCAAAACCAUCAUCAUCGUCUUGGCCUCCGCAAUGACGUUGACAUCAAUCUAAUACUGUUCGGUUAUAUGUUGCGAGCGAUUAUAUAUUGAUAUACCCUCAUCGCUUCGUAGCUAUCAUCUUCAUAAGGGUGUUAAACUAGGAUAUCUUAAAAAAGAUCGUUUCCAAUAAUGGCUUCCAAAGCAUUUGCUUGGUGGAUAUGGCUGACAUUGAUGGUUUCAUCGAGUUUAGCAGAGAGGGAUUGCUGUCCGAAGGAUGUUAUUUGGGAAUCAGGCAAAAAUUGUUCAGAUGGAAGUCAGGUUUUGCUCGACUGUCCUAAUGAAAUGUACAUGAUGGAUCAGAAUGAUCCGUCGGAUCAAUUUAGUGUCACCAAUAACGAAAAUGGCACGUGGCUUGUGUUAACUUCUGAAUCGGAUGAGACACGCAUUCCUCAGAAUGAGUUUUGCAUCUUUAAGAAAAAUCUGAGCGACAAACUGAUAGCACUUGUUUGCUUUGGAGAAACUCAAAACUCAGAAUGGAAGUACAUUCUUUUUGGCUCUUUAAGUGUAACGUCUUCCUUUUUUCUGUUUAUCACCUUCGUAGUAUAUUUAGUACUUCCUGAGCUCAGAGAAAUCCAGGACAAAGCGAUGAUGUCAGCAGUAGCUUCUCUGUCAGCCAGUUAUAUGAUUUUGGCAAUUCAACAUCUGAGGAAAGUUGAACUGCCAACAGAUGAGAAAAUCAUAGGCGACGUUAUGUGCGUUCCUCUCGCUUUCUUCAUGUAUUACGCAUUUCUGUCGGCAUUUUUUUGGUUGAAUCUUGUUGCCUUCAAUAUUUGGAGACUAGUCUGGUUUAAGAGUUUCCCAAUCAAAGAGACCAUAUUGUUUGCAGCAUUUUGUGUUAUUGGAUGGGGUGCACCCUUGUGUUUCUUAAUCGCGGCAUUAGUUAUUCACUUUUUGCAAGAUCCAAAUUUACAGCCACUUUUUGGCAAAGCACACUGUUGGUUUAAGGGUGACUUUGAAACAAUGGCAUAUUUUUAUGGGCCAAUUUCUAUCCUACUCACGAUAAAUGUAGUUUACUUAAGUUUGACUUGCUGGAGGUUAUGGCAUGAAUAUCAAGAGUCUAGUGGAAAUAAAAUAAAAUUAAUGAGAAAAAAAUGCCUCCUCUACGUUAAGCUUAUCCUGGUUAUGGGUGUUACUUGGAUCUUUGAAAUCAUCGCUUUCUUCACCGAACCACACCAUGAAGCCUGGGUUCUGACAGAUGUAUUGAACAGUCUACAAGGAGUUAUUAUAUUUAUUAUAUUCGUAGUGACGCGUAAGAGAGUCAGGAAACUAUUGGCCCAAAAGAAACCAUUUGGAAUCAAUUUUCCAAAAUCAUGGACAGCUUAUGAAGAUGAAGAAUGCGAAGAAAUAGAAAUUGUGUUUUCAGAACAAGUAGAACUAUCUCAGCCAUCAUAAUAAAUUGAUGGAAAUGUAAUCACAUUCAUCAUCAACAGUCUUCACGUCCAUUUAUCAUCAUUGUAAGCAGCUUGCAAGCAGCUGAUCUGUUC